AUGAAGGAUGGGAAAAUCAAUAUGAAUUUCUUCGCUCCGGAUUGCUUCCACUUUUCUCAGUGGGGUCAUGGUAUCGUUUCGACUUGGUUGUGGAAGAACAUUCUUGAACCUGCUAAUAAGAAGACCACCAAAGGAGAUCUCACCAAUCCUGCAAUACCACUUGCAUGUCCUGAUCCGGAUGGGAAAAUCAAUAUGAAUUUCUUCGCUCCGGAUUGCUUCCACUUUUCUCAGUGGGGUCAUGGUAUCGUUUCGACUUGGUUGUGGAAGAACAUUCUUGAACCUGCUAAUAAGAAGACCACCAAAGGAGAUCUCACCAAUCCUGCAAUACCACUUGCAUGUCCUGAUCCGAAAUGUCCUUUCAUUCGAACAAACCUCAACAGCAAGGACUGCAGCAAGUAUAUGACCCCGACCAAGUAG